CCAGAAACAGUCUGCUUUGAAGAUUGGAACCAAAAGGUUAUACAUAGUAAUAUGUUCAGGUAUUACUUUUCAUACGCCAUUCUCGUCUGGACUUUUUGGGAGGUUCUUGCCAACAAGACGAACACUCCGCAAAGCCGGACUGUAUCGACCAAUCCGCUGUUGAUUGAUCAAGUGGCUUUAUAUCAGCAACAAUGGUUCGCAUACAAUGCCGUGAAGGAAAAUGAAAUACAAGAGAAAAUGGCGGGUAUCGAAAGAGCGAUAGAAGGACGAUUGAUGGUCCUGCAACAGAAGAUGAGACUCGAACUGCAAGAGCUGCAGACCACAGUGGCAAACCAGAGCGAGGAGACUCUGGAGAAACUACGAACCUCGCUUAGGAUCAUUCCGCAGAAUUUUCAAAAAAUUGGCAAAAGAUACUUUUACUUUGAGAACGUUGACACACAGAAUUGGUUUUCUGCUUUCAACACCUGCCGUCGAAAGGGCGGUCACUUAGCCACCAUCUACGAUGGGAAGGAGCUGAAGGAGGUAUUCAGAAGAUCACCGCCCGGUGCUUAUUGGAUAGAUAUUAGUAAUGCAUUUAAGAAAGGCCGGUACACUUCAACACUCACUGGCAAAGACCCACCGUUCUUUGAUUGGAACGAUGAAAAAACUGAAAAGAUCGGUAAUGAUGAGUGCGUUACUGUGUACAACUAUAAAAUGCACACUCCAGAUUGUUUCAGAAAGUUUUCUUUCAUAUGCCAAGCCGAGCAGUGGGUGUAAAGAGUGUGCAUUCAAAAAAAUCAAGCAAGUUAUUUUCAAUCCGCGUCAUUGCAAUUUGCCGCCCGCUUUUAAUAAAGUUAUAUCAAAGUUA